AUGCUCGCCGAGAAAGACAGCCUUCACAAAGUCUACGUCGACCGCCAUACCGACGACAACAAAGCUGCUUUCCACCAUAGUCGCCGUGUUGUUCAACAGCGGCUGCGCAAAAUGAAGGACGCCUGGACGGCUCUCAAGGAUGAGGAGAUCCAAGGGUACGCGGACCGUAACGAUUGGAAGAACUUGUUCUCCACGAUCAGAGCCGUAUACGGUCCGCUAAAUAAAGAAACUGCACCUCUUCUCAGCGCCGACGGAAUUACCCUACUCACUGAGAAGACACCAAUUUUACAACGAUUGGCCGGACACUUCAGAGGCGUCCUCAGCAGUUCCUCUAUCAUCUCCGACAGCGCCAUCGCCCGUCUGACUCAAGUUGAAACCAACGUCGACCUCGACCUACUGUCCUCUCUCCACGAAACCAUCAGGGCCGUGCAGCAGCUCUCCAGCGGGAAAGCGCCCGGAUCGGACACGAUCCCUGCUGAGAUCUACAAGCACGGUGGCCCCCGACUCAUGGAUCAUCUGACGGCAGAGAAGACGGUGGUCAUGAACCAACCGCCACCCAACAUAGCCACCCCUCACAAUGCGCCGCAAAUCGGCGUGAACGGAACCGAACUGAAAGUGGUGGUGGUCCCUCUCUCACAGCAGCACAAUCGACGAUGA